AUGCCAUGGGAAGUUCGUCUAAGGAUAGCUGCAGAAGCUGCUGGAGCGUUGGCAUAUCUGCACUCAGCUGCUUCAGUACCAAUCAUUCACAGAGAUGUCAAGUCCACAAAUUUACUCUUAGAUGAGAAUUAUACCGCUAAAGUAUCAGACUUUGGAGCUUCGAGGUUGGUCUCAUUUGAUCAAUCACAUAUAACCACCCUUGUGCAUGGGACAUUUGGAUACUUAGAUCCAGAGUACUUCCACUCAAGCAUGCUAACAGAGAAGAGCGAUGUCUAUAGCUUUGGGGUCGUUCUUGUGGAGCUAUUAACUAGGGAAACUCCAAUAUCUUUUACUAGGUCGGAAGAUCAGAGGAAUCUAGCUAUAUAUUUCACCUUAAUGUUUGAUGAACAGCACUACCUUCAAUUGCUAGAGCCACAGAUUGUAGAGCAAGCUGGAAUAGAGCAACUCUUUUUGGCUGCACAACUUGCUAGGAGGUGCUUAAAUUUGAAAGGAGAAGGAAGGCCAACUAUGAAAGAAGUUGCCAUGGAGUUAGAAGGGCUAAGGAGGUUCCAUAAGCAACAGUUGGUUCCCAAUCUCAAGGAAAUGGAACACUCAAUAGAUGAGAUUGGAUCUUCAAAAAUAUGCAUUGAGGAGGAAAGUAGAUAA